GUGACUUAUUCAGCCCUCUAUCUGUUGUCAGAGACUUAAUGGUGAUAUGCUCUGUGUUGUGGCUCUGCCCAACUGGAAAGUGCAAAAAGUGGCGCGGCACCUGCACACGGGAAUGGAUCUUUAGCCGCACAACCUCUCGUCAUCACAGGACCUACUUUAUAAAUGACCGGCUUCAAGGAAUCUGUCUUCGUGUCAUUGUCUGGGGAGGAUCGAGAAAAUGGCUUGGAGCUCACCUGAAAACGGGACAUUAGAUUGGACCAGGAACAUCUCUGUUUUUACCUCCAAACUUUCACCCACGGCUGAUAUUGGAGUGGGCAUUGUUAUCCUUAUCGUCGUUCUUCUGUCGGUGCUUGGUAACGGCACGGUCCUGGCGACCUCGUACCGGCGCCGGCAUAAGCUGACUGACUCGGAGCUGCUCUGUGUGAACCUCGCCCUGGCAGACUUCCUAGGCUGCGUGUGCUUCUACCCGCUCUCCCUCAUUUCCUCCUUCCAUCACGCCUGGCUGGGAGGCUACGCCACCUGCGUCUACUACGGCCUGGGCUGCUACAUCUUAGGACUGUGCGGCAUGUUUACCAUCGCCGCCAUCAGUGUCAUACGCUACAUCAAGACCUUCCAUGGCGCUCUCUAUGGCGCUAACAUGCAGCUGCUGUGCAUAUCCACGUGGCUGCUAGCGGCGGUAUGGUCCUUCCUGCCUCUCUUUGGCUGGGGCGAGUACGUGCCCGAGCCCUAUGGCUUGUCCUGCACCAUCGCCUGGCGCCGCUACCACACCUCGGUCAAGGACGCCAUUUACGUCAUCUGUUCGUUCGCCUGCUUCACACUGGUGCCUGCGCUGCUCAUCGUGGCGUCACAGGUCAUGACCUUGCGUAAGGUCUACCGCAUCACCAACUUGUUGACAGCGCACAGCGCUCGCUCCAACCUCAAGAGGACCGAGAAGCGCUUAUCUGUGAUGUUUUUCUGCGUCAGCAUGGGGUUUGUGGUGGCCUGGGCUCCAUACGCAGUGGUCUCCUUCCUCUUCAUCUUCCACACAGAGGCCAUGUACAUGGCCCCAUCUGGCUUCGUCUUUCCGGCACUCUUCGCCAAGAGCUCCCACGUCUACAACCCCCUCAUCUACUUCUACUUCAACAAGGCCUUCCGCCAGGAGCUCAGGGGCCUGCUCAGGUGCCUCUUCCCGGGCUUAGCGUCCAGGCGCGUGGGGGUCCGCCAGGUCGCCAGCCAGGUACCAGCACCAGCCAUCCAGAUUCAGCUGCAGGAGCAGCAGGAGGGGGGAGGCAGGGGAGUGGGCGGGGGUGGGGGUGUGAGGGGAAUGAUCAACCUGGUGAAGUCACAGAGCAGGAGCAGCAAAGGCUCCUUGUCCGCUGGAAGAGAGGGCCACUCUAAUGAUGUGUUCGCCUACUGCAGACCCAAGAUCCGAGUGGUGCCGCUGGUCCUGGGGCCCGGGGUCGUCCGGGAGUUCCUGCCCAUCUCCACCUGAUCAGCAGAGGGCGCUGUGAGCUGUGCUGUCAGAGGGGAGGAGGAUCUGGGCCCAGACAGAGGGACUGGGCCUGGCAGUUGAUCUACAAUCUUCCCUGAAGCAAUGGAUUGCAGUCAUGACUGUAAUGUUUGUGCUGAUGAGAGUGGAGAGCUUCACAAGCCCAUGGCAGAGGCAGUGCAAACUUAUGCUGGGAAAUUGUUACCACGACUGAGUUAUUAAUUGAGUAACAGACAUUUUCUACAUCAGUACUAUGUUGCAGUAUUACCUUGCUUACCUUACGGAGGUAGUGAUUGAGAAUGGUUACAGGUUGUCUUGAUACGUCUGUCAACAUUUCUUUUGUCUAUUAAAAGAUGCCAUUAAGGGAUAUGAGGAGCCAGGUCUAUAUAGCUGAAGCUGGAUUUGAACAGCUAAAGAACACUAGUCAGCCAGUAUUCAUUUAAAUAAUAAUAAUAAUAAUAAUUCAUUUAAUUUAUAGCGCACUCUAUAUUCGUCUGAAUCUCAGAGUGCUACAGUAAAAACAUAGUUAAAAAAAACAUGGUUAAAACAACCUAUA